AUGAAGCGCAAGAACACGGACUUAUCUAUUGACACAAAGCAAGUUAAACACCAACGAGUUGAAGAGACCACUCCGUCUCCUGAUUUCUGGCCUCCCUCUCCUAUUGAAUAUGGGGUUAACGAUCCCGUUAACUACUGGCCUCCUACCCCUACUACUGAAAAUGAUGACCUAAAUAAUCUUCCGUCUAAUAUUGAUGACGACAAACAAGAACUACCAUCAAGUGAUGUUGUUGUACUCAUCACUCAACCUCCUCCAGAAACUAUUUCAAAUUAUGUAAGACCAAACGAUAGAAGGUUUCGUUCUCAACAAGAUGAUUUGCUUCCUUCUUUUAUCAAUUCUGAAGGAAAAGUUUUUAAAAUCGGUGAUCGAAUAGCUUGUUAUAAAGAUGGUUUAUUAACUUCUGCUCGAAUUAUGGACAUUGAUGAACCAUCAAUCCCACAUGUUGAUCCUGCUUUACAAGAACGUGUAUUUGUUCAUUUCGAAGGUUGGGGUCCUGAGCAAGCUAAAAUGGUUACCCCUCUUGAUAUAUUGCCUUAUUUUCAAAGUGCUCCAGUUUCAAUUGGUCCUCUUGGAAAAGAUGAUUUAAAAUCUUGGCAAGAAUAUAGAUGUUUCUACCAAUCAGAUGAGGAGCGUUGUAUUGAAAUCAUGGGAACUUUUGAGAGUCAAGGGAUGGCAACAAAGGAGGAGCUUGAAAGUUGUCACGUAGGUGAACAUGUUGCCACGUAUUUCUCAUAUAAGAGGAUUUGUAUGCCAAAGAUCGAUGAAAUUUCUGAUGUAAAGGUCUGCGAAGAAUCUGUUGCAGAUAUUGCAGAUAUUGAGAAAAAAGAUUCAGUUGGCAAAGUCCAAAAAUUAAUUGAAUGGUCUCCACCGGCUCUUAAAGAUGCUAUGUCUUGUGGUGAACUAGGCAUUUGCUGUGAUACUACUUAUAAUCCUGCCGGAACUCCAAAUGCGGCUAGAAUGGCUGCAGGGUCUGUUAUUGAAAUUGUCUGCGCUUAUGUUGCUGCAUUCAAGCAUAUAGUGAUGCCAAUUGCCAUGCAAUAUAACCCUGACCUGGUUAUCGUGUCUGCUGGUUUUGACGCUGCUGAAGGCCAUGAUGAUUUUGUAAGUAUUAAAUAUUAA